GUAGUUCACGGGGCGCGCCAGCGAGUUCGAGGCGCAAAGCCUCGAACUACGACUCCCGGAGGCCAGUGCGGCCGGCCCCAGAGCCCCGCCCCGUGGCCGGCGGCCCGCGGCGAGGCCUCCGAGCUCCAUGGCGGCGCCCCCAGCCUCUGCUGACGCGCCCCGCUUGCCUCCGCCGCCCGCUGCGGCCGGAGACGGGCCCGACCAGCCGGCGGAGAGGAGCGAGACCGCGUGCGAGGACCGCAGCAAUGCGGAAUCCUUGGACAGGCUCCUCCCACCCGUGGGUACCAGGCGCUCACCCCGGAAGCGCACCACCAGCCAGUGCAAAUCUGAGCCACCCCUGCUACGCACCAGCAAGCGUACCAUCUACACGGCCGGACGGCCGCCCUGGUACAAUGAGCACGGCACACAGUCCAAGGAGGCCUUCGCCAUCGGCCUGGGAGGUGGCAGUGCCUCCGGGAAGACAACUGUGGCCAGGAUGAUCAUUGAGGCCCUGGACGUGCCCUGGGUGGUCUUGCUGUCCAUGGACUCCUUCUACAAGGUGCUGACCACACAGCAGCAGGAGCAGGCUGCCCACAACAAUUUCAACUUCGACCAUCCAGACGCCUUUGACUUUGACCUCAUCGUGUCCACCCUCAAGAAGCUGAAACAGGGCAAGAGCGUCAAGGUGCCCGUCUACGACUUCACCACCCACAGCCGGAAGAAGGACUGGAAAACACUCUAUGGUGCAAACGUCAUCAUCUUUGAGGGCAUCAUGGCCUUUGCUGACAAGACGUUGCUGGAGCUCCUAGACAUGAAGAUUUUUGUGGACACAGACUCUGACAUCCGCCUUGUGCGGCGGCUACGCCGGGACAUUAGUGAGCGAGGACGAGACAUUGAGGGUGUCAUCAAGCAAUACAACAAGUUUGUCAAACCUGCCUUCGACCAGUACAUCCAGCCCACUAUGCGUGUGGCAGACAUCGUGGUGCCCUGGGGGAGCGGGAACACAGUGGCCAUUGACCUGAUCGUGCAGCAUAUGCACAGCCAGCUGGAGGAGCGUGAGCUCAGUGUCAGGGCCGCGCUGGCCUCGGCGCACCAGUGCCACCCCCUGCCGCGGACGCUGAGCGUGCUCAAGAGCACGCCGCAGGUGCGGGGCAUGCACACCAUCAUCAGGGACAAGGAGACCAGCCGUGACGAGUUCAUCUUCUACUCCAAGAGGCUGAUGCGGCUGCUCAUUGAGCACGCGCUCUCCUUCCUGCCCUUCCAGGACUGCGUAGUGCAGACCCCGCAGGGACAGGACUACGCGGGCAAAUGCUAUGCGGGGAAGCAGAUCACUGGCGUGUCCAUCCUGCGUGCGGGGGAGACCAUGGAGCCGGCUCUGCGGGCAGUGUGCAAGGACGUGCGCAUAGGCACCAUUCUCAUCCAGACCAACCAGCUCACCGGGGAGCCUGAGGUGCGGGUCGGAAGCCUAGCCGUCAGGGGCUGA